CUGCUUUUUCCUCUGACACUUGCCUCAUGUGACUCAUACGGCGGGUCAAUGGCAGCGCUCUUUUCUCACACUCCCUUUCCCCGCCCACGUGAGUAACUAACUGUACGUAGCCGACACACUCAUGACAUGGGGCUCUCAUUGUAUAGUGACCUUGUGCUGUGCUCGGCUCCUCACACCAUGUACCAGCCCCGGAGACCGUGCUUGUAACAGACUCUACUCUUUACUGCGCCUGGCAUGGAGCUCAAAGAGGUGGUGAGCUGCAGGAAAGCCGUGCUGAUACCCAGGGGGAGCUGGUUCUUCCCUACCUGUGUUCUCUGUACCUACGGCUUCUUUGCCAGCCUCAGACCAUCCGAACCCUUCCUCACCCCUUACCUGCUGGGACCGGACAAGAACCUCUCUGAGACGCAGGUUUAUAAUGAAAUUUACCCUGUCUGGACAUAUUCAUACUUGGUCCUGCUGUUUCCUGUAUUUCUUGCUACAGACUAUCUGCGUUACAAGCCAGUGAUCAUCAUGCAGGGUUUAAGCCUGAUAAUCACAUGGUUUAUGCUUUUGUAUGCUCAGGGCACAUUGGCCAUCCAAUUUCUUGAAUUUUUUUAUGGCAUAUCCACAGCAACAGAGAUAGCCUAUUACUCUUAUAUUUACAGCGUGGUUGACCAUGAUAUGUACCAAAAAGUAACCAGCUAUUGCCGUACUGCCACGCUAACUGGUUUAACUGUUGGCUCUGCUACAGGCCAAGUUCUGGUGUCUGUGACCAACUGGUCCUUAUUCAGUUUGAAUGUCAUAUCGCUUGUCAGUGUCUCUGUUGCUUUUGUCACCUCAUGGUUUUUACCUAUGCCAAUGAAAAGUCUUUUCUUCCACCACAAUUUAAAUGGCAAUGACAAAAAAAGUGCAGAUCUGGAAAAAAUAAACUGUUCAAAUAAUGGUGGAUUGACACAUACGGCUGCGCUAGAAGAGGUUGAAGCUCAGAUUCCUCUGAACACUGAGGCACAUGAAGCUGACAAACAGUAUACAAAGACACAGAGUAUAUCCUUAAAAAAGGUGCUAAGAGCACUGUGGAAAGACUUUUUGCACUGCUACUCAUCACGCACACUCCUCUGCUGGUCAGUCUGGUGGGCCUUGUCAACAUGCGGAUACUUUCAAGUGCUAAAUUAUUCUCAGGGAUUGUGGGAGGAAGUUGCUCAUUCUUCCCGUUCAGGUAUCUACAACGGCAGCGUGGAAGCAGUUUCUACUCUCUUGGGUGCCAUAACAGUCUUUGUUUUUGGGUACAUUAAAAUUUCCUGGUCAACCUGGGGAGAGUUGCUCCUGGCUCUGUUUUCUCUGGUUAAUGCAAUCACAGUGUAUAUCAUGGACAUUACUGGAAACAUUUGGGUUUGUUAUGCCAUGUAUGUUCUCUUCAGAAGUAUCUACAUGAUUCUCAUCACAAUAGCAACCUUUCAGAUUGCAGCUAAUCUUAACAUGGAAUGUUACGCCCUUGUGUUCGGAGUUAACACUUUUGUUGCCCUAGCUCUGCAAACACUGAUGACUGUCAUAGUUGUGGACUCCAGUGGCCUUGGCUUAGGUAUACUUACACAAUUUAAGAUCUAUGCUGGGUAUUUUGCCAUCAUCGCCUUUAUAUUUUUUGUCAGUGGAAUUUUUAAUGUAGUGAAAAACUGUCGGCACAAGCAAGACCCACAAGAGUCCUUGGAGACUUGAGAUUUCCUCUAAAGGCUAAUGCUUCACUUUGACAGCUCAUCGAUACUGCAGCAUAGAUCAAAGUAAAAUGACCUGGCCAGCACCAAGCCAUAAGACCCAUGUAAAGAUAUUGAAUAGCCAGAUGGACAUUGCCACUGAGGAUGUAAUCCUGUUACCCCGAUGCUGCAACGUCUUGUAGUACCCAUGGACAUAAGAUUACUUUUGCUGGAUCCAGCUGAUGGCACUCAACACAUUAGGUUGUCCUUAGCAUGUAGCUGAAGUGCAAUUAUUAUACUGUACAACAAAUAGGGUGGGUGAGACUUUUCCUAUCUCCUACAGCACCAUGUUCCACAUCCUCU